GCUUGUUUCUUAAUUUCGUUGCUUUUGCAGUAAGUUCACCUGAGUAGCUUCUGAAACUUGCAUUUCUACAAAAAUAAUAAUAAAUAAAAAAUGGUGUUCUUGUUUGACUGUCUCUUGAUUUCUAAAGGUUAUGGCUUUACUACUGAACAAGAAGCCAGAGAACCUGACCUUAUCAUCAUGUAUUAAUAUAUCUUCUUGUGAAGGAACUGGAUUUGAAUUUUUAACUUUUAUCUCCAAGACAGUUUAAGAAAAUUCCAUGGGAGUAUUUUGUCUCUAGAGUCUAGAGUGGGCCAUGCUAGAAUGGAAUCGUCCUAGUUCUGGGAAAUCAAGAUGUGAUCUCUCUAUUUUGCAGAUCAAUCACAUACCAUGGAGAAGCCUAAUCCUAUCCCAGUUAGCAUUUCAGCAUCGCCUAUUAAGGACUCCAUCCAACCAAAGAUGAAUAUGCAUGAUGAGAACAUAGAACCAGGGACUGAUUUAAGACUUGGUCAGGGUUAUUCUAACCGGUGCACUCAGAGACAACUGAAAGAUGAAUCAGAUGCAGGUGCAGGUGCAGGUGCAAAUGCUGGUUCAAGGAUAGACAUGACAUUUGUGGCCUCUGACCCCCUGUCUGAAUUAGUCUGGUCUCCACAUAAGGGUUUGAGUCUCAAAUGUGCUGAUUCUGGCUUUGCUGAUAAAAAGGGCUCUCUUAUGUGGGGUGCAGGACCAAGCAAUGUGGCUUUUUCGCUGCCUCAAAACAUUACGAGUGAGAGGUCUACCACAGGCAAACCUACAGAUGUGGAAGUCAUUACACCACAAGCAGCAUUUCAUGCAAACAGUAAACUUUCUGGUACAAAUACUUUAACUAGAUCCCCCGCAAAUGAUGCUGUUAUCAUACCGGGAUGUGGACCAAAUCAUGUAGAUGAGACAGAUGAACCUAAACCUGAUGUGAUGGUAAAUGAAUUAUUCUCAGCGGAUCCUACUGGUAGUGGCAGAGAUCUUGGAAGUGAGCAAAUAUUGGGUAUGAAUAUUGUUUUGACCUCUGAUGUUCACCCUGGGGAUGAAUGCAAUGCUUCUGAAACUCCAGUUAAGAAUUUUAGGUCCCCAGGCAGAAGGCCUCUGGCAAAGCCAGGGCAAGCUGCAGAGAAUGAUUUACAGACUCCAAUUGGUGAAAAUGCUUGUGGUGGAGCGGCUGAGAUGGUAGAAUCAGAAUUUUCUCCCAAAUUAGAAAACACUUUUCAGCAUUACGAAGCGAUACGUCCUAGAAACAAAUAUUUUCCAAGUAAACUCUCCCCAACUAACAACAGAAUCUAUAGAAAUCAAAGGAAAGGUAAGGAAAAGGCUCUAUCUGAUGGAGAUGUUAAUGGAAGAUCAUCAAAGGAAGGAGAUGACAGCCAUGAGAGUGUUGAAAGCUGCAACAGUGCUGGGUUGCUAUCAAGCGGCAAGAAGAGGCAGAGCUUUGAUGAACACUUGAUUGUUGGAAGUAAAAGAGUGAAAAAUCAAAUCCAAGAAACACCCAGUUCAGCACCCUAUAUUAGACAAGAUAGCUCCUUUAUGAAUUGGAUAUCAAACAUGAUGAAGGGCUUCUCAAAACCAAUUCAAACUGUGGCAGCUUCUCCUGCUCUUGCUAUUGCACCUCCUGAUCAUGGACAUCUGGAUCUUCCUGAUCAGAAUCCCCUCACAUGCAACAAGAAUCAAGAUCCAGUGUUCAAAAAUAUUGGUUUCCGAUCAAUCUUUCAGUCUUUAUAUGGUCCAAAGGUGGAAGGAGAAACAUCAUUGAAUACAGCAUAUGAAAAGGGGGAAGGAUCUAAGGAACUUGAGCUGGCUAACAAGAUGUGUACCAUUAAUACUACUCCAAUAGCCAUUCAGGGAGAUAGUGAUAACAUAUGCAAUCAAUUUCUGCUUCCAAAUGAGAAGUUUGAGGAAUCAAUAUCUGGAAAUGGAGCAGCUUUGGUGACCCAGCCUAGAGUUUUUCCUGUGAAUUUUGCUCCCAGUCAGGAAAAUAGCAAGACCAUUUCCAGGGAGGAUAAAAAUUCAUGCAGAGUGGAAUCGAGUAAGGAGAAAAAUGGAAUAAGUUCCAAUUCAUCUCUGGGUAAAGAUAAGACUAAGAUUGGUGAGAAUAUUGCUUCUGAUCCACCAUCUGAAGGGAAGACCACAAACGAUUUUAGCUACAGAAAUGAUCCUAUGAGAAGCUUGUGGAUAACUAGGCUUUGUUCAAAAACUUGUCGCCCUGUACUAAACCUGGGUGAUCACAACCCGAGUAUUGGUGUAGGUCUUGACAGCUCCAGUGAUUGCACAAGGCUUCUUCCUUGGUCAGGGAAUCAUAACGGUUUUUCCACAAACCACAACGGUGUGGCAAUGAAGGAGAACUCAGUUGAAAACCCAAUGCCUGCUUUGGGUGAAGAAUCACAGAAGUGUCCUGCUGAUACCAAGGCUAUCAUUGGUUCUGAAAAGAUCAAAUGUCACAAUGAUCAGAACUCUGCAUAUCAACUGAACCUAAUUUUGCCUUCCUCAAAAUUUAGAAGGUUAGAGGCAAUGACUUCAAUCUUUGCAAGAAGAUUGGACGCCCUCAAGCACAGCAUACUAUCAAAUGUAACAGAUAAUGCAACUCGAGAAACUACAACCUGUGUCUUUUGUGGCAUAAAAGGCCACUGUUUACAAGAGUGUUCUGCAAUAAAAGAAAGUGAGAUUGAAGAUCUUCUCAGGGAUGUCAAUUUAUAUAAUGGGGCUGAAGAACGACCUUGUUUAUGCCUUAAAUGUUUCCAGCUCAAUCAUUGGGCUGUUGCAUGUCCCAGUGCUUCCUCAAAAGGGGAACAUCAAACAAAAGGUGGUGGUGGUGGUGCUUUGGCUGGUCCUAGCAAAAUGCAGCAUAAAGGAGGUAACGAAAAUUUGAAGCUGCUAACUGGUUGGGAGAGACCAUUUCAAGAUUCUUGUGAUGGGAGCUAUCUUAGAAUACCAGAGCAUAGUAACUGGGAACAGAAUGAAAUAAUAACCCCUGAAAAAACUGGAAAUGCAAAUUCAUUGAAGAAAUAUAUUGCAUCAAGUUCUGGGGGAAACUACUCAAAAGAACAAAAGAUCAUCCCUGUCAAUGGGCAAGUUUCAAAUGUACCGAAAGGAAUCUUCGAUGCCAUAAAAAGCCUUCGUUUGUCACGCUCAGAUAUCCUAAAAUGGAUGAAUUCCCAUGCGUCUCUGUCACAUCUUGAUGGUUUUUUCUUGCGCCUGCGGCUUGGGAAGUGGGAAGAAGGACUAGGGGGAACUGGAUACCAUGUGGCCUGCAUAACUGGGAAGCAAAGAGAGAAUUCACCAGAGAAUGCCAAAUAUUCUGUGUGCGUAAAUGUAGGUGGAAUAAAAUGCUUGGUCGAGAGUCACUACAUCUCCAAUCAUGAUUUCCUUGAGGAUGAGCUCAUGGCAUGGUGGAGUGCAACCUCAAGGGACGGUGCCAAGAUCCCAUCUGAAGAAGAAUUAGGAGUGAAAUUCAAGAAAAAAAGAAUGUUAGGCUUUUAGGAAUCAAGUGAUCUCGGGAACCAUCUUUGUAAGCCUCGGGCAAUUAAAAUUCUAGCCCACAUGAAUACAGAGCGAGAAGCAAUUGACAAAAA